UUAGAUCAGUACGUGACAAUUGUGGCAGGGACGGGGAAAUAAAACGCGAUUCGUUUGUACCGAACGAUCGUCACCGAUACCACUGUCGUACAUAAGCGUGGACGCAUCGUCGACGAAUCUCUUACGUGUUAUUUUGAACAUCCGUUUUCGCGAAAAAUCAUGAAAAUUAUUUGAUAGCACUUGCGCAAUUGUGAUCGCGGUAUACGGUGUAGGUACGUGAUACCAUCGGAUCGUUUUGGGAGCAGCAUCGAAUCUACGAGAGGAUAAUUUAUCGCUGCGGGAAACCCACUACGUAAUCGGAAGACUUGAAAAUUCUGGUCACAAUCGAUUGAGAGUUCGCCAAGAUGAGCACUACACGGGAACAGGCGGGACCAUCCAAGUCUUGGGAUUCCACUACAGAAGACAAAGAAAAGGAUAAUCGAACGUUUGAAUGUAACAUCUGCCUUGAUACUGCGAAGAAUUCGGUUAUCAGCAUGUGCGGUCACUUAUUUUGUUGGCCUUGUUUACAUCAAUGGUUGGAGACACGUCCAACAAGGCAAAUGUGUCCGGUGUGUAAAGCUGCUAUCAGCAAAGAUAAAGUUAUUCCAUUGUAUGGACGUGGAGAUACAAAACAAGAAGAUCCAAGGAAUAAUGUUCCUCCGCGUCCUGCUGGGCAGAGGACAGAGCCUGAAAACAAUAUUGGAUUCUCUAGCUUUGGAUUUGGCGAUGGUUCUUACAUGUCAUUUGGUAUUGGGACAUUCCCAUUUGCACUUCUUACAUCAACUUUCAGUUUUGGAGAAACACGACCAGGUGGAGCUCUUAGAGGAACACCACAGUAUGACGAAGAACAAUUUCUUUCGAGAGUAUUUCUGUGGGUAGCUUUUAUAUUUGUUUGUUGGCUCUUGAUGGCGUAACAUUUUGUUAAUCCAUAUUAUUUGCUUCAUAUCUUAUAAACCUAUACCACUUGCUGGAUGAAUUCAUUACAUUUUUAUUAAUACAUCGAUCUUUCCCCGUUUGUGUAAUCGUUGUUACUCACUGCAGUAACUGCACCUGCUUGAAUAAACAACUAGAUUUUGUUAUAGCUAUAAUAACACUUUUAUAUGUAAAUACACUUUAUUUUUAUUAUUUUCUGGGUAUAAAACAAACAUCUAUCUUAUUAUAAUUUUAAAGUUCAUAUAAUUUUUGACACAAGAGAUAAAACAAGUUUUCUUUAUUACACUUUUUAACAUUUAUAUUCAAGCAGGUCAUUUCCCUGAUUUCAGAAUUUACAAAGCCUGUUCUUAUGAUAUUUAUGUAUAUAAAUAUAUAUUUCACUUUUAGAAACGUAAGCCAUCUCCUUUAAACGAAAUAUACACAAUAAUUGAUUUGAGAAGGAAACCUAACAAACGUAGUGUUAUUGACCUACGCGGUCUUUGCUAAUAAUUAUUGAUAUAAACAGUGUAUAUAAUCUAGAUGUUAAGUCAAACCGAUACCAGAUGCAAAUGAUGCAAGUUAACACACGGCUAUACGAUAUACAGCAUACAGUACUGUAAUAUAUCGCUAUUAUAAAUGAAAGUUUAAGAACAUAAGUGUAGCUUAUUUAUUUUGUUGCUUUCAUAUUAAAAGUUAUAUAAUUGACUGGCAGAAUUUGCUCGCUAUGUGGAAUCACCUAUGAUGUCUAUCGAGUAUAAUGUGACGCAACACUCAAGUUUUAAAUAUUGAACAGUUCUAUAACUUUUACUAUAUUAGCAUUGCGGUUAUGGCAAUACGAAGAAGGAGAAGGCAAUUACUAAUGAACCUGUAAAUUAUGAUUAUAUGAUUAAAAGUAAAAUUCUUUCGCCUUUACGCUGGUUCAAUGUUUUAUCAGUCAUUUCAUGAAAUGGAAAUUGACAUUCCGUACAUAUUGUUGACACGGGAGAUUUAUUCACUUUUACAGAUAAAAUAUUUGUAACUGAACAUACUCCGUUUCACUUAUUAAAACGAUAUUAAUCAUAGAGUUCGCAUGAUUUGUAAUUUGUUUAAAAAUCAUACAUUGUAAAUUGUCUUACAAGUUUAUUUAAUAUGUUAUUGGUAGAAUAAAGUAAAUAUAAUAGUAAA